AUGAGCUCUCUACCGCCGGUGGAGCUGGAGGUGGAAGUGGUCGACGACCCUAUGGAUGACGACACUUCCGAAAUGAUACCGGCUGACAGGUAUACGCUGCCGACACGCGCUGAUGCCGUUGUGGAGUUGUGGAGGUCGAAGCUCGCAGAGGGCGUGCUGUCGCCGGCCCACUUCCUGGACCACUGGAGGGUCACCGUGCCGAGGAUAUACUCGCCGCAGCCCAACAGAACAUGUCUAGACUGGUCGUUCGACGAGGAGCUGGCCCAGAAGCUGCUCAUCCAGCCGCUGGAGCAGUUCGUGUGGGGCGACGCCUGCGGGGAGCUGGUGGUGCCGCCGCGCCGCUCCACGCUCUGCGGCCGCGUUUUCAAGCAGGGCGAGCCCGCGUACAGCUGCCGCGAGUGCGGCAUGGACAACACGUGCGUGCUGUGCGUGGAGUGCUUCAAGGUGUCCGCUCACCGCCACCACAAGUACAAGAUGGGCCAGUCGGGGGGCGGGGGGUGCUGCGACUGCGGCGACACGGAGGCCUGGAAGAGGGACCCCUUCUGCGAGCUGCACACGGCGGCUGAGAGCGACGAGAAGGAGUCGCAACCGAGCAUCGGGCCCGACGUGCUGGAGAGGAUGAGGGUCGUGGCCUCCGUCUGCCUCUCGUACUGCUUCCGUCUGCUGACCCUGGACCACGCGCCGGGGCUGCCCAAUGAGCUCAGGUUGAAAGACGGCGAGCGGGAUCUGCUCCAGAUCCUGGACCAGCCGGACUGCUACUGCACGGUGCUGUACAACGACGAGACCCACACCUUCGAACAGGUGAUAGCGACCCUGAACCGAGUGCUGAAGUCCAACCACCGCGACUCGGUGGAGCUGGUGAGCCUCAUAGACCGCGAGGGCCGAGCCCUGGUCAAGUGCAACUCCUUCCAGAUCUGCGACAAGCUGAAGAGCGACAUCGAAGCGUUCACGUCGCGGCACGGGCCCAUCCUGAAGGUGCUGGUGAUGCACGCGCACGUCAUCGCCCACCAGACCUUCGCCAUGAAAUUGCUGCAUUGGCUGCAGAACUUCGUGAGCAAGGAGCAGCAGCUGCGGCUGGCCGUGAGCCACGUGGCGCUGGGCGAGGGCGUGGGGCUGGUGGGGGCGGGGGCGGGGCUGGGGGCGGGAGCGGCCGGAGGCUGCGGCGGCGUGGCGGGCGGCGUGAUGCAGAACGACUGCCGCAUGUGGAAGGCGGCGCGCACCGCCUGGCACCGGCUGCUCAUCGCCACCACGCUCAUGGACUACGACACCAAACGGACCAUGGCCAUCCUCUUCACCAAGAACUACGGUUCGAUCCUGAAGGACUUCAUACGGGACGACCACGACCACUCGUUCUCCAUCUCCUCGCUGUCGGUGCAGCUGUUCACGACGCCCACCCUGGCCCACCACCUCAUCGCCAAGCACGACGCGCUGUUCGUGGUGAUGAACACCUUCGUCAGCGAGUGCCAACACAGAUGCAACAAUAAGGGCCGUUUGGAGUUCGACCGGAACCACGUCUCGAUGGCGUUCAAACGCGCCCAGUUCAUAUUGUACGACGUGAAGUACCUGCUGGGCAGUGUGCCCACCACCUUCGACGACGACCUGCGUAAGGGCUUCCUGCACGGGCUCUCCCUGAUCAUCUCGCUCCUGGUCAUGAUGCAGGGCAUGGACUCCGUUGUGAGACAGAGGGGCCAGCACAUGGAGUACGAGCCGGAGUGGGAGUCCGCUUUCAACUUGCACGUGAAACUGGCUCACAGCAUCACGCUGGCUCUGGAGUGGUGCAGCAGCGAGCGCGGGCUUCUCGCCUCCGCCUACCGGAUGGCGCUGCGCCGCCACGCCGACACGUGCACCCACGAGCCCCACCAGCUCAGAGAGCUGGGCAACCAGAGCGCGCUGGUGAUCCCGUACGACGUGUCCAGCGAGCCAGUGUCCAUCCACCGGCCGCUGUCCCGCUUCAUCGCCGGCCUGCACCUGCAGCUGCAGCGGCACGGGCUGGCCUACCACAGCCGCGAGUUCGACCGCGCGGACAGGCCCAAGCCCACGCCCGAGGAGCUCAUAGAGCCGGUGCUGUGCACCACGGCGAUGAUAGCGCAGGUGCACGCGGGCAUGUGGAGGCGGAACGGCUACGCGCUCCUCAACCAGCUCUACUUCUACCACAACGUCAAGUGCCGCACGGAGAUGCUGGACCGGGACGUGGUCAUGCUGCAGAUUGGCGCGUCGCUGAUCGAGAGCAACGAGUUCAUAAUUCACGUGCUGAACAAGUUCAACCUGCUGGAGUGGGCGGCGGCCGACUUUGAGCAGCAGAACCUGGAGUAUGACACCCUUCGGCAGACCAGCAGCAUGGUUGAGGAGUUCCUCGGACUGCUCAUCACCGUGGUCGGUUCGAGAUACGUACCGGGCGUCGGAGAGGUGACAAACGAGGAAAGAACGAAGAAGGAGAUAAUACAGAUGCUGUGCGUGAAGCCGAUGCCGCAUUCCGAGCUGAACAGGUCCCUGCCCGAAGACCAGCUGCACGAGACGGGCCUGGAGGCCGUGAUCCACGAGGUGGCCGACUUCGUGAAGCCGCAGAGUGGCAGCAACCGAGGCGUCUACAAGCUCAAGCCCCACCUGUACGACGAGUACGACACCUUCUUCUACCACUACACCAGGGAGGAGCUCUCCAAGAGCGAGGAGGAACAGAGGAACAGGAGGAAGGCUGCCGGGCUGGCGGAGUGCUGCCCGCCGCCGGCGCUGCCGCGGCUGUCGGCCGCCUUCCGGCUGCUGGCCAGCCUGCUGCAGAGCGACGCAGCGCUGCACGUGCUGCGCUGCGUGCUCGAGCGAGCGCUCGACCUGCGCGCGCGCUCCUUCUCCGAGACGCAAGUGCACAAGGCACUACAUUUGAUAGGCUACGCCGUCCGCGACGAAGAGAGCGGCCACUACGAGUUUCUGGCGUUUGCGGAGAGCGCACAGCGCAGUGGGCUUUUGGCACUGCUGCAGAAGCUGGUCAGCUGUCCACGCGUGGACGCCCACAUCCCACUCGCCAAAUGGCUCCUCGCCAGGCUCAAGUCGCUGUUGGGGCAGGACAAUCAGACUGAAGAAGGGGAUAAAAUGGACACCGAUCAAGAUGAAAAGCAAUGCGCUGGGGACCCAGCCGACGCGGAGAAAACAAGACGGGCCAAGUUGGCAGCGGAGCGACGUGCUAAAUUAAUGGCACAGAUGAAGGCUCAAAUGAACCAGUUCAUAUCCAAUAACGCAGUACUCUUCGAAGAGACCACCACCGAGGUGACCGCCGAGGAGCAGGUGCUGCGGCCCCUGUACGCCGGCGCCGCGCUGGGGGUGUGGGGCGGAGGGGUCCCGGACUCGCCCCGGGUCUGCAUCAUGUGCCAGGAAGAGGCGCGCGUGGAGUCGGCCUCGGAGCCGCUGGUGCUGGUGGCGUUCGUGCAGCAGUCGAGCCCGCACGUCUCCAGCUGCGGCCACGCGCUGCACGCGCGCUGCUGCCGCAAGUACGUCGACGGCGUGCGCGACAAGGAGAAGAUCAGACCUUACCGCCUUCGCCAACCAGUGGCCUUCGACGUGGAGAAGAAGGAGUACCUGUGCCCGUUGUGCGAGAGGCUGUGCAACACCGCUCUUCCUCUGAUACCUGCACCCUCGUUGCCGAGUGGCAGCCCUCCGCCACUCAGCGAGGAGACCUACAACAAUUCGGUGGACCUCAUAUUGAAGCUCAGGCAUCAGGUGUCCUCCGAGGCGGUGCACGUGUGCACGGAGUACUGCGAGGACAUCCACUGCCGCGCGCGCGCGCGCUCGGAGGGCGCCACUAGCGACGAGGGCGAGCUGGAGACUCCGCCCCAGGCCGAGGUGUACGCCUCCACACACGCGGAGACCGUGCUGCCGGCCGAGCUGCUGGUGCACUUCGACACGCCGCCCACGCCCAACCACCUCGCCACCACCCUCGUCGAGGACUUCGUCCAGAUGCUGCCGAUCGUUUGUAACUCGCUGGAGACGGGCGGGCUGGUGGCCAUCGCGGCUCUGUACCGCUCCACGUCGUACACCAUCAUGAGCACGGACGCCGUCCUGCAGGCGGAGAAGAGACCGCUCCUGGGCGAGCUGCCGUCACGGCACAGGGACGCGCUGCAGGCGCUGAUAAGGCUGGCGGCAGCCAUACCCUCGGUGUGGCCCACACCCAAGCACGUGUCGCACCACGCGCUCAGCACGCUGAACACUUUAGCGCGCACCUCUCCACUCAGCCACGAGGUGUUCGGGACCCUGGUGGCCCUAGUGCUCACCGUGCCCUCGCUGUUCUGCAAGCCGGCCGGCCCGGCCCGACCCACGCACCUCGCCCGCCAAAUAGCCCUGGACUCGUUCAGGGCCGAGCUGACCAGGGCGAUGAUCGCGGUCGACCUCGCCGGCUGCAAGGCGGAGCCGAUGGACGGCCAGGAGGGGCACAGGCCCAGGCCCGACCUGGAGAACCUGCUGCCCCUGGCGAGGGAGCUGCGCCGGGGGAAACUGGACGUGGACAGCGUGAGCGCCGAAGCCGUGUGGGAGCGCGUCAAGAGCCAGUGCCACAGCUUCCUGCGCUGCUGCUGCCUCUUCUUCCACUUCCUGAGCGACAUCAUCCCGCCCACGGAGCUGACGGUGGCGGGCGGCGACACGUGGGACUCGAUGUGCGCCUACCUGGACCUGCCGAGCAACUUCAGCGAGCUGCUAGACACGCCGCUGGCGAGGAGGAAGGCGCUGGAGUGGGCGGCGCUCUCG